AGCCUUCCAGUGAGUGGCCGGCGCCCGCUCUUGCAAGAGAGCUGACAGCGAGGUAAAGGCUUUCUCUCCCAAGGAAACAUUCGAAAUCACUCCUGAUGGAUAAAAAUUUUAAAGUCUGACCUUACAAAGAAAUUGGCAAAACUAUGGAGCAACGGAAGCUCGAAGACUCUACUGGAGCGUAAAUUGGUACAGCCAUAUUUCGAACCGGGAUUGGCAUUACUCGGCAUAGUUGAAAAUACACACGCAUCAUGACCCAGCAGUUUCACGCCGAGAUGCUGUUCUUGAGGUGUUAAUCGGUCCUGUUUGAAUCGGUCAGUUCCCACAGCAACCCCGAGCACGGUAGGAGUCCAUCUGAACUAAACAAUAAGAGCAGCGUCCCUGUUUCUUGGUGUGCGUGAAGAUAACCCAGAGAGUUGCGGAAGUCGCUAAGAGUGUGCUGGGGAUGCUCUAGGAGAAGACUGAGUGCCGCGGUGAUUCCCAGUCCAAAGGCUUUUGUUUUGCCGAGAAGAAAGUGAACCUCAUGGAUCAGAACAACAGCCUCCCACCUUAUGCCCAGGGCCUGGCCUCCCCUCAGGGUGCCCUGACUCCUGGAAUCCCUGUCUUUAGUCCGAUGAUGCCGUAUGGCACAGGACUGACUCCGCAGCCGAUUCAGAGCAGCAACAGUCUGUCUAUGUUGGAAGAGCAGCAGCAGCAGCAGCAGCAGCAGCAGCAGCAGCAGCAGCAGCAGCAGCAGCAGCAGCAGCAGCAGCAGCAGCAGCAGCAGCAGCAGCAGCAGCAGGCGGCAGCGGCAGCCGUUCAGCAGUCGACGGCCCAGCAGGCACCCCAGGGGGCCUCCGGCCAGACACCACAGCUCUUCCACUCACAGACUCUCACGACCGCGCCCCUGCCGGGCACCACUCCGCUGUAUCCCUCCCCCAUGACGCCCAUGACCCCCAUUACCCCCGCCACGCCUGCCUCGGAGAGCUCUGGGAUUGUGCCGCAGCUGCAAAAUAUUGUAUCCACAGUGAAUCUUGGUUGUAAACUUGACCUAAAGACCAUUGCACUUCGUGCCCGGAAUGCUGAAUAUAAUCCCAAGCGGUUUGCUGCUGUAAUCAUGAGAAUAAGAGAGCCCCGGACCACUGCACUGAUAUUCAGUUCUGGGAAGAUGGUGUGCACAGGAGCGAAGAGUGAAGAACAGUCCAGACUAGCAGCAAGAAAAUAUGCCAGGGUUGUACAGAAGUUGGGUUUUCCAGCUAAGUUCUUGGACUUCAAGAUUCAGAACAUGGUGGGGAGCUGCGACGUGAAGUUCCCUAUAAGGUUAGAAGGCCUUGUGCUUACCCACCAACAGUUCAGUAGUUAUGAGCCAGAGUUAUUUCCUGGUUUAAUCUACAGAAUGAUCAAACCGAGAAUUGUUCUCCUUAUUUUUGUUUCUGGAAAAGUUGUAUUAACAGGUGCUAAAGUCAGAGCAGAAAUUUAUGAAGCCUUUGAGAACAUCUACCCUAUUCUAAAGGGUUUCAGGAAGACAACGUAAUGGCUGUCAUGUACUCCUGCCUCCCCCACCCACUUGUUUUUUUAAAACAAAUCAGUUCUGGUACAUUUAGUGGUGUUGUGGACGGCCCCAUGUGAUGAGAGGAUGGAUGUCUGGUUGUAGGUUGCAGCACGAGGUGAAGCUCUCCUGCAUGUGUACCCCAUAGGGAUGCCAGGAAGGGGGUAUUAUUUCUACACAGAGAACACUGAAGUGUUACUGUAAGUUGCUCGAACUGUGCUGCUAUUUGGGCAGCGCUGCCCGUUUAUUUAUAUUUAGAUUUUAAACACUUACUGCUGUUGACAAGUUGGUUUAAGGGACAAAACUUUAAGUGUUAAAGCCACCUCAACAAUCGAUUGGACUUUAUUUUGUUUAAUUUCUUCCCCAUAAACCACAGUUUUUAUAUUUCUACCAGAAAAGUAAACAUCUUUUUUAAAAGUGUUGUUUUCUAAUUUGUAACUCCUAUGGGUUAUUUUUGUGCCACAUUCCGCCUUUUCAGUAUUGCAGGACAGAAUAGAAAUGUAUUAAUGAAAACAAAUGGCUGUACAUAUUUUUCUUCCUUCAGAGUACUCUGUACAAUAAAUGCUGUUUAUAAAAGUGUUA